AUGAGUGUCUGGACCCCUCCCAGACUCCUGGAGCUGGCAGGAAUGAACCUGCUGAGGGAAGAGGCCUCAGCCUUUUCUGGUCUGGAGGAUCCACCCAUGGAGCUCUUCUCACCACUGUUCAUGGAGGUCUUUGAAGCGAGAUGCAUUGAAACCCUGAAGGCCAUGGUGCUAGCCUGGCCUUUUGUCCACCUGCCUCUGGGGAACCUGAUAGACAUGCCUCAUGUAGGGCCCCUACAAGCAGAACUGGAAGCACUUGAUAUCCUUUUUGCUCAGAAGCUUUGCCCCAGGAAGUGCAAACUUCAGGUGCAGAAUUUACAGGAUACUGGUCAGAACUUCUGGAGCAUGUGGUCUGGAGCCAACACUCAUGGAUGCUGA